AGGAAGAAGAUUCGUUUCACCGCGCUCUCUAUUGUUUUAAUGUGGCGCUGGUUUAAUACAAAUUUAAUACAUAAUUUUUUCGGUAAACAGAAAAAUACAGUUUUUGAAUUAGGUCAGUAAAUACAUGUUAUAUUCACUUCAUCAUUAGUCGUGUCUAAGUGUUGAAGCAAAGAGAAAUAUAUCGGGAAGAAUAUCAGCUGAAGAUGGUGUUUGUUAAAGAUGAAAUUGAGGAGAACAUGAUUGAAAUAAAAGAAGAGGAACCAGAAACCUGGAAAAUAAAAGAAGAGGAACCAGAAACCUGGAAAAUAAAAGAAGAGGAACCAGAAACCUGGAAAAUAAAAGAAGAGGAACCAGAAACCUGGAAAAUAAAAGAAGAAGAACAAGGAGAAUUUAUUGAAGAAAGUGAGGAGAACAAAAAAUGGAGUGAAGUUGAGAAGAAAAAUCAUGUCAAAACUGGAGAAAAACCUUUGAGUUGCUCUCAAACCAAACAGGAAGAUCUAAAGAAAAGAGCUUUCACCUGCACUCUGUGUGGAAAGAGUUUCACAUACAAAUAUCAUCUUGAUUUUCACCUGAGAGUUCAUACUGGAGAGAAACCUUUCACUUGUAAUCAAUGUGGAAAUAGUUUUGCACACUUAACAACCCUUAAUAGACACAUGAAAAUCCACACUGGAGAUAAACCUAUUAAGUGCUCACACUGUGACAAGAGAUUCAAUAAUUCAUCAAAUCUGAAAAUGCAUGAGAGGAUCCACACUGGAGAGAAACCGUACACUUGUGAUCAGUGUGAGAAGUGUUUCACACGCUUAUCACAACUGAAGGAUCACUUGAACAUCCACACUGGAGAGAAACCCUACUCAUGUGUUCAAUGUGAUAAAACAUUUUUUAAGGCUUCAAACCUGAAGAAACACCUGACAGUUCAUACAAAGGAGAAGCCAUAUUCAUGUUAUUUGUGUGGAAAUAGUUUUUCACGUUUUUCACAUUUGAAAGGACAUCAGAAAAUACAUACUGGUGAGAGAGAGUACAUGUGCUCUGAGUGUGAAAUGACUUUCACUUCAGCGGACAGUUUAAAACGGCACGAGAGGAUCCACACUGGAGAAAAACCUUAUAAGUGUUCACACUGUGACAAGAGAUUCAAUCAGUCAGCACAUCUGAAAACACAUGAGAGGAUCCACACUGGAGAAAAACCUUAUAAGUGUUCACACUGUGACAAGAUAUUCAGAGACUCAUCGUAUCUGAAAACACAUGAGAGGAUCCACACUGGAGAGAAACCUUAUCACUGUACUGAAUGUGGGAAGCGCUUCAGUCAUUCAUCUGCUCUAAAGAGGCAUACAAAAAACUAUCACAAUAAGGCCCCGUACAAACAGAGAUGAUGCCUUUAGCUGUUAAUUUUGUAUCCUAUUGGUGUGUCCUCUAGACGGAUCUGGUGUCCCAGAGUGGAUCGAUCUGAUGUGUUUACAAUGUGUUUACAAUCUGCUUUUGAAGAAAUAUUGUAUCAUGCUACAGUCUACAUUCUGUCAGCUGCAGUUCUGGUGUCUCUGUUUUUGUACAACAUCACAAGCAUUUACAUCAGUGUUAACUCUUUAGAGUUACUCUCACGGGUCACUGCACUUAUUUGCAGACACAAAGUACAUUACUUGUAUGUGCUUUAAAGCCUUGCUUGUUCAUUAAAUUUAUUGAAUGUUCCUGCUAAGUAAACCAUGACAUUCAAAUGCACACAAAACUUCUACGAUGGUACCUCAAUGUUUCACAGACAAACCGUUAAAUGUUCAAUUAAUUUGCUUGUUAAGAUAAUGUAAACUCGUGAGGAAAGAAAAACUUAAAGCAUACUCAUAUAUCUUAAAUCUUCUGGUUACAUUAUCCUAAUGCAAUAUAGGGAUGCCCAACCAUUCUGUAUAAUACAGAAUUGACCCGUAUUUAAGGCAUCAGAGAAGCGUUCUGUAUGAAAGCUAUACAAAACAGUUUGUCCUGUAUUUUCGCAGGAUUAUGCCGUAUGGCCAUCUAGACCAUACAAAUAACACAUUAAUAAUUAUUUUUGCACAAAUCAUUGUUUGAAUUGUGAAUGUAGCCUCUCAAGAAAGGCUUUAAGACCUUGCAGAAUACUCUGCCGCCUGAACGCUCUCACUUCACUCGAGCUAACGGCAAUCCACGGAAGAGGAUUUGGUCCAUGCAAUAAAAAAUAAAAUAAAAAACUCUUGAGAUUAAAGUCGUUACAUUUUGAGAGAAAUGUCUAAACAAAAUAUUGAGAAUAAACUUGUUAAAUUACAAGAAAAAAGUUGUUACAUUUGGACAAAAUAUAAAAUGAAAUAAUUUUUUUUAAGGGUAAUCAAAAUGAAAUGCAAAGAGAAAAAUCACACUAUUCUUGACUUAAAAACUGAUGUAAUACAGUUGCUUUAGGAGUUAGUCUAUAUAGUGUUUUAUUCUUAGAUUUGUUCAUUAAAUUUAUUGAAUGUUCCUGCUAAGUAAAAAACACACACACAAUGUAAAGAUUAUUUAACAGUAUACUGAACAUAGAAAGCUGCACACUUCUUAUGUUUCAUUGUUUGUACCUCUCCUGAGUCCUAGAGUCUCUGGCCAUGGAGUGAACGGUCACAUUGCAUUUGACACCAACAUUUAAAUAAAUGUUAAAAUGCACAAUUUGUUGUGAAUCUUUUUGUUAUUUGGGAUUUCUGUUAAAGUGUUAUCUGAUUGUUUUCUUUUUCAUUUUGUUUGGUAGAAGCUACAUGGGUAUAUUUAGAGGUUGUUGGUACUACCAGUCAGUCGGUUGAUCAUCUGGGCUGAUUUCAGUUCUUACAUUGUAUUGUUACUCUGCUAGCAGGGCAGAUUUAUUCUUUUUGUAGGCCUGUUAAAGUUCAGUUAUUUUUCCUUUAUUUUAGUUGAUUUUGCAGGAAUUAUGUUGAACUGGACUUUUGAUAUAUCUGCUUCUGUGGAUUUGAUUAACAUUUUUGUUAUUGUUUUGAUGAAAGAAUAAAUCAACCAUUUUUUCCACAA